AUGGUCCCAUUCGGACGUAACGAGAACUUAGUUGGACGCGAAUCUAUCCUACAGCAGCUCCUCGAACGAAUCCCCCCAAGCACCAAAAAAGAUGACUGCCAGCAGACGGCCCUCGAAGGUCUCGGCUCGAAGGUCUCGGAGGCAUCGGCAAGACCCAGAUCGCCCUCGAGACCGCCUACCAAGUCCCUUGGGGUAAAAGGAAUUGAAGAUGAUAAGGCAGAUGCCAAGAUGUUCGUCAAGGCUGCCCUCAGUCACAAGAGCGCCGGCAGCUGGCUCUUGGUUAUCGAUAAUGCCGAUGAUCUCAAGUUAUUUGCCGAUGCAACACUUUCAGAUUAUCUCCUAUUUAAUUGGAACGGCUCUAUCCUUUUCACGACUAGGAAUUAUUCCAUAGUUUCAAACCUUGAUAUAUCAUUUGAGGGUUUGAUAAAUAUUGGAGAAAUGAGCUAA